AUGGCGCCCACAAAGCCCACGAAAGGCAAAUUCUCAAAAGGGAAAUCUAGCAGCCUACCCAAAGGUGCCUCGAAGUCGAAAUCCUCCGGCAGCGCACCCUCCGGCAUCUCCAAACGCAAAGCGAAAUCGCUCGCCCUCGCAAAGCCAGGCGGCGCCCAAAAGACGAGAUCCAAGACUGUCGACGGCAAGAAAAAGAAGCGUGUCUACACCGAGAAAGAGCUCGACAUACCCAAGCUCAACGGCAUCAUCCCGGCGGGCAUUGCGAAACCAAAGGGCCAGAAGAAGGGCAAGAAAUUCGUGGAUGACCCGGCGAGCAUGAUGGCGAUCAUGAGCGUGGUGAAUGCGGAGAAGGAAGGGCAUAUUGAGAGUAAGAUUAUGCGGGCGAGGCAGUUGGAGGAGAUAAGGGAGGCGAAGAGGAAGGAGGCGGAGGCGAGGAGUGAGGUGAAGAAGGCGAAAUUUGAGGAGACGAAGAAUAGUCUCAAGAAAAAGCGGAAGAGCCGGCAUUCAGACCCUGCGCGGAUCGAGGACCUGGAAAACGAGGCACCGGAGAAGACAGCCAAGGCGAAGAAAAAGAGGGUUUCGUUCGGAUGA